AUGGGAGCGUUAGAGCAUGCGCUACAAUCUGAUUGCCACUUGUUUCCGGUGCUGAAGUUCGCUAAACGAAGUUAUGAAAAUUCGGGAAUUAAUGAAAUCACAAAUGGUUUUAGACUUAAUUUAUAUAGAGUGUAAAUUAUAGAAACGAUUCGAUGGUUUGAUUGGUCGGCUAUGUUAGUUCUUUCCAAAUAGCUCUGAAAAUAACAAGUUAAGCCGAAUGAGUGGGUACCAUCGCCCAAGCUCAAAAGGCAGCUUGUUCAGAAAGGAUCCGAGGGGGAGCUACCGGCCUCUCCCAACAGAUGCCCAGGUCCAGAAUGUGCCAGACUCCCGAGUGUAUAUAUUUGGUGAUGAUGAUGUUAAGGAGGAUGACCUCGAACAAGGCUCUGUGGAGAUGUCACAGCUCCGUGUACGGGGUGCUAAGAGCAAAGACUACCAUUCCCUCAAAGCUGAAAAUGACCAGCCCGAUUACUUAGAGAAAGAAGUAUCGGAGGGUGACACAUUACAAAGUUUAGCUUUACAGUUUGGAUGCCCAGUUGCUGAAAUAAAGAGGAUUAACAACUUAAUAAGGGACCAAGAUUUUUAUGCUUUGAAAAGAAUAAAGGUACCAAUAAAAAGAUUUGGACUGCUGACAGAACUUGUAGAACAUGAGAACAAGAAUUCAAAAGGAAAAAAAUUGACACUUGGAUCAGUUGUUAACAGAAACUCUAGAUCUGUGAUAGAAGAAGUUGAGGAAGAGCAGGAACUCAACAACGAAGACUUUGCAUUUGAUGGCAGUGAUUCAGACAGUCAGACACUCCUUGUAAGAACUUUAAGCAUAAGAGGUGCUAUGAACAGCCAAACAAAAGAAGCAAAAAAAUUCCUCAAGCAUAUGGAUAAAGAUUUGCAAAAAAUUAGAAACUCUACAAAAAGUCGAAAAGAUUCCCUCCAAGAGGUGACAUCAUAUUUAACAACAAAAACAAUCCUUCCUCUCUCAAAGAAAAUCACAAACACAAGUGAAAAAUCCUUAUUAAGGUAUGCCCUUGGUAUAGCUGUGAUAGUCUUCAUUAUGGUGCCAGUAUUGUAUUUUAUUUCAACGUGGAUUAAUGACAGAUAUGAUAAUUCCACUCAUACAGAAACAAACGGUUGAUAUAAAAUGAAUAACUAUUGGUUGAAUGGGAAAAGGUGUCAUAUUACACUUGGAUUGAUAUAUGAUAAAGCAGUCAAUAUCGGUUUUAGGGGAAUCUACAUAGGUUUUGUUAAUCAAAUAUUAAAGGGGGUUAACCUUUGAAUGCUGAGUAGCUGGAGCUGUGCUGGACAUACAAGCUCCAACAUAUAGAUCUUUAGAUAUGUGUCAUUUUAUCAGUAUUUUCUCUACCUGUGACAUGACACAUGAUUUUUCCUCAUUGAACAGCUAAGGUCAAGUUCUCAGUGUUCUUUCCCAAAUGUAUUUUAAAUAAAAAAUUAUAUACAGCCAUUAAGCAAUAGAGCAAGGCAUAUGUUUUUUCAUGUGUGCAAUUUAUCUGUAAAACAAUUCAUUCCAACAUUCUUGCAGCUUCUUUCACAUUAUUGUAACGUGUAGGAUCAUGAUUUGUCUUUGUAUGAAAGUAUCAAUUCCACAGGAUUCUAAGAAGAGCAUUGGCCAAUUGAAACCUGUCUCUUUACAGAGUUUUGAAGGAAACUCUGACAUCCAACACACUAGUUACUGUUGAUUAAGUUUGGGAUUGUCUUUGGAGGCUCAUAAAAAUAAUGUAUUAGGCAUCCAAUUGCCAAAAUGUUGCAAUUAUCUAUAUUUGUAUAUUUUUUAAUAUGUUCUCAACAGAAACGUUUCUGUUUCUGUAGUUAUUAAAGAUCAGCAAAAUAUUAAAAUUCACAUGUUCCAAUACAACGCUUGGGUUAGGUGAAAGUGUUUGUAAUAUUUAUAUGUUCAGUUUGUUUUUAAGUCUGGUCCUUGCUUGAACCUUGACACUAGAGAAGAUAAAUAUUAAGGUCUGUUUCCAUUCUGAUUGGCUAUGUCAACAUAGUUUGAUGCAGGUAGGUCAGCUUGGUAAUGAUAAAUAUGAGAUGUGUAAUAUAAAAGGGGACUUUUAUCACAGGUUUUGGUACGGAUGCCACCAUCUCUAGUCAUGUUUUAGUAGUCUUGCAUGAAGGCUUGGAUGUUUUGCCAGACCCUGUGGAAAUUUUUAUUUUAGUUUGAAUGAAACUGAAGAUUAUCCACUACUGUCUUAUUUACCACACCCACUGGAUGAUAAAUAAAUCAAACCUCAUGAAAAGUGAGUUAAAAUCUUA